AUGGUUGGUUUUAUCUAUCUAUCUAUCUAUCUAUCUAUCUAUCUAUCUAUCUAUCUAUAUCUCCAUUACUUCUUUCUCUAUUUAAUAUCACAUAACUCUUUACCCACAAUUUUCCGUUUUGUAUCCCAUUGGAUUUCAUUUCUGCUCUUUUUGCACGCUUUCUUUUUUGUAUUUUCAUUUCUUUCUUUCUCUCCCCUUCCUUAUCUUUCUCCCCACCCCCUCUCUCUCUCCCUUCCUCUAUCUCUGUCUCUGUCUGUCUGUCUCUCUCUCUCCAGAUCUGUGUACUUUUCCUUCCUUUCAUUUUUCUUCCUCGACAUUGGCCGACUCUCCAUGACUCAGGUAGAUUAUUUAUGCAUAGGCUUUCCGGCAAGAAUCCCAAUCUAUCUAUCUAUCUAUCUAUCUAUCUAUCUAUCUAUCUAUCUAUCUAUCUAUCACUUUUUAAUAGGCUCUCGUGUGUUUCACCAUAACACAUAUCUAUCUAUCUAUCUAUCUAUCUAUCUAUCUAUCUAUCUAUCAUUUCUUUCUUUCUUUAUCUAUCUUACGCUGACUUUCUCUCAUAUGCAUUUCCGAGAAGAUUCAGAAAAAAAACGUUGUACCUAUCUCCUUAUCUAUCUCAGCCUGUUAAUAUAUUCUCUUGUUUGUUCGUAUCUAUCUAUCUAUCUAUCUAUCUAUAUGGGCUACUCGCUAAACAUGUUUUCGCCAAUAAUUGACACAAUCUAUCUAUCUAUCUAUCUAUCUAUCUAUGUUGAUUAA